AGGGUUGGCAUGAUUAUAGUGUAAAUUCAAGCUCCAGUUGACUGUAUUCUCUCUUUUGUAGUAGAAUCGCUGAUCCUUGCUUUGUUUCAUUCUAAGCUCUGACUGGCCCAUGAGAUCACAACCGUUGAGCAUCGAUAGGAAAGAAGCUACAAAUCUGAAUUUCUGAAGAAGAAUGAAUCUCUUUUUAAAGUAUAGGCCAUCGUUUGGCUACACUAGUAGUCACUUCUCCUGUUCCAGUGGUCAGAGGUAUAAAGUCCAUGGGAAAAGGAAGAGAGCGAGAUGAAAGGGCGCCUAGUUCCCACAAGAGCUGUUCCGAUUCACAACAAUCCAUAACUCACUUAACCAGUUCAGUCUUUUUUGUGUCCCAUCAGAAUGAAGGAAGCUCUGCGCUGACAUUGUGGAAAAAGCUGUAGUAAGAGCCAGAUUUCUGGAGAAGGGAGAUUGGUGAACAGAGGAAGUAAUAAUAGCGUGUGUCCUGACUGAUAGGGUACUGGACCCUCUUGUCAGGUUGAACAGCAGUCCUUGUGUGAUUGUAAAUCCAGGAGCUGUCCUGGUCAUUGGGUACCCAGAAAAUUAUAGCUACUGGAUGGUGAAGAGUCUAUAAAGGGUUAAACACAAAGGUCUCCUUGGGCUGAUUGUGUGAGGUUUCAUUCACAAUGAAAGCAACGCCACAGGCUGAGAACAAUGGCUUGUGAAUUAUCCCAGUCCUGCCACCUGCAGUCAGGCAUCCUCCUCCUCCUCUGAAGGACGUCAGUUGUUUAUGGGAACUACUUGCAUUGGUCUCCUGCGGAUUUAGCUCUCCUUUUGGGACGCCAUUUUUCCACCCUUGCUGAGACGUGGUGUAGCCAGGAAACAUGGCUAACAACGCAUACAGCGGGGUGAAGAACUCUGUGGCCGAGCCCAAUCACGAUGGAGAGUUCGGCUGCUCGCUUCAAGAUCUGCGCUCUCUCAUGGAACUGCGAGGGGCUGAAGCCUUACACAAAAUCCAGGAAUCUUAUGGGGACGUAAAUGGACUUUGCAGCAGACUGAAAACAUCGCCUGUAGAUGGAUUAAGUGGGCAGCCCUCAGAUAUUGAAAAAAGAAAUGUAGCAUUUGGACAGAACUUUAUACCUCCGAAAAAGCCAAAAACCUUUCUUCAGUUAGUAUGGGAAGCAUUACAAGACGUAACAUUGAUCAUUUUGGAAGUGGCAGCAAUAGUUUCUUUAGGCCUUUCUUUUUAUAAACCUCCGGAUUCUGAAAAUAAAGAUUGUGGGAAGGCAGCGGGUGGAACAGAGGAUGAAGGAGAAGCUGAGGCCGGAUGGAUAGAAGGAGCAGCUAUCCUUCUAUCUGUUGUUUGUGUGGUGCUUGUGACGGCCUUUAAUGACUGGAGCAAAGAGAAGCAGUUCCGUGGCUUACAGAGCCGCAUUGAACAAGAGCAGAAGUUUACGGUGGUUCGGGGAGGGCAAGUCAUUCCGAUCCCUGUGGCUGAGAUUGUCGUCGGGGACGUUGCACAAAUUAAAUACGGUGACCUCCUGCCUGCUGAUGGUGUUCUCAUCCAGGGGAACGACCUCAAAAUAGAUGAGAGCUCUUUAACUGGAGAGUCUGACCAUGUGAAGAAAUCGCUGGAGAAGGAUCCUAUGCUGCUGUCAGGUACUCAUGUCAUGGAGGGCUCUGGAAAAAUGCUCGUCACUGCUGUUGGAGUCAAUUCCCAAACUGGAAUCAUCUUCACGUUAUUGGGCGCAGGAGAAGAUGAUGAGGAUGAGGAGGAGAAGGAGAAGGAGAAGAAAGAGAAAAAGAAAGAGAAGAAAAAUAAGAAGCAGGAUGGCUCUGUGGAGAACAGAAAGAAAGCUAAAGCCCAGGAUGGUGCAGCAAUGGAGAUGCAGCCUCUAAACAGUGAAGAAGUGGCUGAGGGUGAGGAGAAGAGAAAAGCCAACUUGUCCAAGAAAGAGAAAUCUGUUUUGCAAGGGAAACUGACCAAAUUAGCGGUCCAAAUUGGAAAAGCAGGUCUAGUGAUGUCAGCCAUCACAGUGAUCAUCUUGGUGGUGCUGUUUGUGGUGGACACUUUCUGGAUCCAGGGACUUCCUUGGGAAAAAGAGUGCACUCCCAUUUAUGUCCAGUUCUUUGUCAAGUUCUUUAUCAUUGGUGUGACUGUGCUGGUGGUGGCCGUCCCAGAGGGUCUUCCGCUGGCUGUAACCAUCUCGCUGGCUUACUCUGUCAAAAAAAUGAUGAAAGACAAUAAUUUGGUGAGGCAUCUCGAUGCCUGUGAAACCAUGGGCAAUGCCACAGCCAUCUGUUCAGACAAGACCGGGACUCUGACUAUGAACCGGAUGAAAGUUGUUCAGGUUUUUAUCGCUGAUAAGCACUACAAGAAAGUCCCUGAGCCUGAUGUCAUUCCUGCCAGCACCAUAGACCUGCUCAUACUGGGCAUCAGUGUCAACUGUGCUUACACCACCAAAAUCAUGUCCCCCGAGAAGGAGGGAGGCCUGAAUCGUCAGGUGGGCAACAAAACUGAAUGUGCCUUGCUGGGCUUUGCCAUGGACUUGAAAAGAGAUUAUCAAGCAGUCCGCAAUGAAAUCCCUGAAGAGAAGCUUUACAAAGUCUACACCUUCAACUCUGUUAGGAAAUCCAUGAGUACGGUGCUAAAGAAUGCUGAUGGAAGCUACCGGAUGUUCAGCAAAGGAGCCUCUGAGAUUCUGCUGAAGAAGUGUUAUAAAAUCCUGACAGUGACGGGCGAGGCAAAGAUUUUUCGGCCCAGGGACAGAGAUGACAUGGUGAAGAGAGUGAUUGAACCAAUGGCCUCUGAGGGCUUGAGGACCAUCUGCCUGGCUUACAGGGACUUCCCUGCCUCCGAAGGUGAACCAGACUGGGAUAAUGAGAGCGAUAUCCUGACACGACUCACCUGUGUGUGUAUCGUGGGCAUUGAAGACCCAGUUAGACCAGAGGUCCCUGAUGCCAUUAAAAAGUGCCAGCGUGCUGGAGUCACGGUGCGCAUGGUAACCGGGGACAAUCUUAACACUGCCCGCGCUAUAGCAACUAAAUGUGGCAUCCUGCAGCCAGGAGAUGACUUCCUCUGCAUGGAAGGCAAAGAGUUCAACCGCCGGAUUCGUAAUGAAAAGGGAGAGAUUGAACAAGAGAGGAUUGACAAAAUAUGGCCUAAACUCCGGGUGCUGGCGAGAUCUUCUCCGACAGACAAGCAUACACUAGUCAAAGGUAUAAUUGACAGCACCGUUUUGGAGCGGAGGCAGGUUGUGGCGGUAACAGGAGACGGUACCAAUGAUGGCCCUGCCUUAAAAAAGGCUGAUGUUGGGUUUGCCAUGGGCAUUGCCGGCACAGACGUGGCUAAAGAAGCCUCCGAUAUCAUUCUCACUGACGACAACUUCAGCAGCAUCGUCAAGGCCGUAAUGUGGGGGCGGAACGUGUAUGACAGCAUUUCAAAAUUCCUUCAGUUCCAGCUCACUGUCAAUGUGGUGGCUGUGAUUGUGGCCUUCACUGGAGCUUGCAUCACACAGGACUCUCCUUUGAAAGCUGUACAGAUGUUAUGGGUAAAUCUGAUUAUGGACACAUUUGCCUCUUUGGCCUUGGCCACUGAACCCCCCACUGAAUCUCUUCUGCUGAGGAAGCCUUACGGCCGUAAUAAACCCCUCAUAUCCCGGACAAUGAUGAAGAACAUAUUGGGUCAUGCAGUCUACCAGCUCACCAUCAUCUUCACUCUACUUUUUGCUGGUGAGAAGAUAUUCGACAUCGACAGUGGACGUAACGCCCCUCUUCACGCUCCUCCUUCAGAGCACUACACCAUUGUCUUCAACACCUUUGUCAUGAUGCAGCUGUUUAAUGAAAUCAACGCCCGGAAGAUCCACGGAGAACGAAAUGUUUUUGAAGGCAUUUUCAACAAUCUGAUCUUUUGUACAAUCGUCUUUGGGACUUUUCUUAUUCAGAUUGUGAUAGUGCAAUUUGGAGGAAAGCCAUUCAGCUGUGUGGAGCUGAAUAUUGAGCAGUGGCUGUGGUGUGUCUUCUUAGGCUUUGGAGGUCUUCUGUGGGGACAGAUCAUCUCUUCGAUCCCUACGAGCCGGCUGAAGUUCCUGAAGAGUGCUGGUCAUGGAACGCAGAAGGAAGAAAUCCCAGAUGAGGAGUUGGAGGAGCUGGAUGACCUGGAGGAAAUUGACCAUGCUGAGCGAGAGCUCCGCAGGGGACAGAUCCUCUGGUUCAGAGGCCUGAACCGCAUUCAGACUCAGAUGGAUGUUGUGAGUGCGUUCCAGAGUGGAAUUUCCUUUCAGGGGGCCGUCAGGCGCCAGCCCUCCAGCAGCAGCCAGCAGCACGAUAUCCGAGUGGUGAAUGCAUUCCGCAGCUCGCUGUCGCCCUAUGAGGGCCUGGAGAAGCCAGAGUCUCGCUCCUCCAUCCACAACUUCAUGACCCAUCCAGAGUUCCGGAUAGAGGACUCGGAGCCCCACAUCCCCCUCAUCGAUGACACUGAUGCGGAGGAUGACGCCCCCACUAAGAGAAAUGCCACACCCACUCCUCCUCCCCCACCCUCACCCAAUCAGAACAAUAACGCCGUAGACAGCAGCAUCCACCUCUUCCUGGAUCCCAGCAUGCCAGCCACACUCUCAGCUCCCGGGAGUCCCAUGCACAGCCUAGAGACGUCCCUUUGAUCAGCUCCGCCCCUUGGUAUGACACACAACACCUGCUUGUCUCCACAGAGACUAAAGCCUGGAGAACUCGUUGGAUGAGAGGGGCGGAGCCAAGGAGCUCAGCUCUUAGCUUUUGCUUCUCUUCAUCUGGAUGUUGUACAUUUUGUUCUUUUUGCCCUUUUGCUUAUUCAAAAACUGAUUUCUGAAUCAUUUGGCUGUUAAUAUUUUGAAUUAUUAUUUAUGUUUUUGUUUAUUUUUUGGAAGACACAGGUCUGUUUACAAAGUUUGUAGAUACUUUUUUUUUUUUCGUUGGUGGAAGAGCUUCCUGAUACAGAGAAAUGGGGACAAAUGAAUCGAGAAAUAUUUCAGAUACUGCUGUAUUUUCAGGAAAAAAAAGGUGUUUCUAUGAAAACCGAACUAUUUUUGCCUGCAAGUUUUAUUUGUUAUAUAUUUGUAGAUGCAUAGAACCCUCAAGCCAAAUAGAUAACACUAAGGCUUGUAUAGAAGUGACAGAGGCAACUAUUGGACACUUUUUUUUUUUUUGGUUUGUUUUUUCAUUCAACGGGUGACUGGAGGAAACAGUAGACAAGAAUCUCUGUCAAUAAAUCUCCUCUCAUACUACUUCACCCCUUAAAGACUUUGUUGGGUUUAUUUUUAAGUUCCUGUUUCGUGUCUCAUUCUCGUUUGAAAGUGAAGGAGUAUCUGAAAUGCCUAGAGUCUUCACGCUUUUAAUGGUGUGAUUUUUUUUUUUUUUUGAAGUGGAGGUCACACCAGGUCCGCAUUUAAAAAAAAAAACUUUGCUUUGGUUAACUGAAAUGGUCCACAGUCAGUUCAUUAACAUCAAGAUAUUAAGUUCCUGCCAAUGUAUCAUAAGUUUGUUUACUCAGGCUUUUGAUUAUUUGAAAAAAAUGUUUCCUGUGUUUUGUUUGAUCAUUUGGGGGAAAAAAAUGAAGUUUGUACUUUAUAUUGUCCUUCAUAUUCCAUAAAGAUUGCUGUCAGCUAAGAAAAUAUUGCUGCAAUUGUUUGUAGAAUAUUUAAGACCUGAAAUACUGGAAACACAAAGCAACCAACAUGAUUAAUUUAAGAAAACGUGCAUAUAACACUGGUAUCACAGCACAGGGUACUUCAUUUCAGAUUCCCAAGGAACGUUUUGAUACAGACCAUAUAAAUUAUAUUUUUAUGAGGAAAUGACAACAUCUCAACCUGCUGAACCAGACCUACAGGGAUUUUACAUAAAUUAUAUUCAAGGGGAGGGUGGGUCGUGAUUGGUUCUCUAAGUAAUAUAAUACUCAGGGUGGCUCACAGCAUGAAACUUAUGGUCAAAAUACAAACAUGUUUUGGUGUUUUUUUUUAUUUUUAUGUAUAUAUACUUAGGAGUAGAUUGAAUUUUUUUAGCAGCAGGGUUCCAGUUCAGACUGUUGCUUAUCUCCAAUUGUUGGUUAAUUAAAGGUGAUAUAAAGGAGAAGGAAGAAAAAUGGAGAAAGGGAUUUGCAUUUCUUCAGUCAUCACAACUGCACAUUUUUUGGUUCUGUUCUUUUGAAUAAGUUAUUUCGUUUUUUCAAGUUUAUUAAAUACAGAAAAACUGCUUAAGUUUGCAAUUUAGAGCAGAUAUAUUAAAAGAAUCCAUAACUUUUUUUUUUUCUAUAGCGUCUUCCUAUAACGGGAAUGAAUGUUUAUCCAUCUGUUUUAAGAAUUUUUUUUUUAUUAUUAUUUUAAAGUUUGGAAAUAAAAGAACAUGUCUGUUUAUCUUGCGCAUUGUAAAUGGAUAUCGUGAUUUAACUUACAUUUUAAACUUGUCGAGUAUCGUGUAUGGUUUUUAAGAAUAAAAAUUGAUAUUUAGCGUAAA